AUGCAAAAUAGUCUAACUUCUCAAAAAAAAAGUGAAUCCACAGGUACUGAUCCUGCUGUUCACGCUGGAUCAGGGGGAAUUCGUCUCGAACAACUUGCUAGUGAACACAUGGACGUUAAGCGGUGGAUUAAUUCCUCACUGCAAAGCCUGAAAUCAACGGAAAAUACUUCAGAGGAAAACGAUGUAGAAGUGGAGGCUCGAGUAACACGACUCUUUAAUCGACUACAAAGUUAUUUACAAGAGGUUGGAGGAUCUGUGGAAGACACUAUCACACAGGCUCUAGUGCGAUUGCCGAGAACAGGACUUGAAGUUGGUCGAAUGGCUACAGAUGCUCAACAAUUACAACAACAGUUACAGACUAUGCAAGAAGUGGUACAGUCAGCAGUAGAGGCUGCCGCUAAACCAUAUGUAGCACAGUUGAAUGCUUUUAAAAAAACUCAAGAUAAACUUACUCGAUGUGCUGAUAUGCUUCGAAAAGCCUCAGAAGUAGACAAUGAUAUGAAGCAACUUGAUGAUGUUAUGCAACAGUUGCGUACAGCUCCAACAGAGGUUGACAUGGAUGCAGUGGCAGUGAUUAUUGGUCAACUUCGAAGCAAUCUUGCAGAGUUACAAAAAGUAGAUGUGAGCUUUGGUGAAAAGCAGCAAGAAGCUGUAGAACGGUAUGAGCAGACUGUUCAACAUGCUGUAGAAGUAGAAUGUAUGGAGAAACUACGGAGAAGGGAAGUAAAUCGUGCAGCUCAGUUAUUGAAAGUACUUGAUGCCAUUGGUCGUGCUGAUGUUAUUCUUCAACAAUAUGCUGUGGAAAGUAUGAUGAAUGAGAAAGAGAGAGUGGAGCGGCUUCUUGGUGAAAGUGGUUCUACAGUUAGUACAAUUUCUGCUACCCGAGCGGCAGAGGUGCUUAAAACUCAAUUAAUGCCAUCUAUUGGACAUGCUCUUGCAGAUCAUUUGGAUUUUCUCUUGUGUAUGGCUCAGACUGAGGAAAAUGAAGACGUAGACGCAAAAAUAACAGAAAAAAACUCUAUAAAACACCAAGAGAAGGAAUCACGUACAGUGAAAGUAUUACAACUGAUGGUGGAUGAGGUAAGUGGUAGUAUCGCCAAAGCGUUGGUACCCGUUUUGGAUCGAGUAGAGCGCAAUCAAGAUUUGGUUCUUUGCUGUGAUGCGAUGCGACAGCUCAAAAUUGGGGAUGAAACAAAUGAACAUAACAAAAAUAAAAACAUUAAAAAUUAUUCUCAGUUACGAGAGAAGAUUGCUAAACAGAUUUCUGCUUAUGCUAUCUCUGAAAUGAUUCAAUUAUUUGCUCAAUCUAAUAUAUUGGAAGCAUUUACACAACGUGAAGUUUGUCGUUUAGAAGCUCUUGUGAAAGAUCCACAAAUUACUAUGAAACGUGAGCGUUUUAAAGCGGCAAUGGAUUUAGUAAUGGAUGCUGUAAAGAGUAUCGUUCGUUUUUUUCCAGAGAAAACACUCCCAAUGUGUGUUUCAAGAUGGCGAGAAGCUAUUUUAGAAGCUAUCUCCCGGUUACGACCCACACCAAGGACGCCACAGGAAAGUUUACUUGAGCGACUCUCUGCCGCUCGUACAGUUGUGCGACAGUUGCUACUAACAGGUCAAAAAAAUAUUUCUGAUUACCUCGGUUCUCCUGAAUUACAAAGGUUAUAUCCAAGUGUAGCAGAUGCUGUGGAUACUCAGCUUCGCACCCAGUUCUGGGGACCCCUCACAGAAGCUCUUGAUAACUGCGUUCAGGACUGCCAGUAUGCUGUGAAACGGACUAUUAUUGAACCAGUUAUUGCUAAAGCUGCAGGAUACGAAUCGCAACGUUUGUGGGGAUUCAAAGAGGGUGAAAGUGUUGAUGAAACUGCAGGUGUAGUAUCGCCCUCACCCAUUCCCUACACAGCGGCUCAAGUUGCACCAACGGAGCUUGUACGAGCACUUGGCGAAGCUAUUGUUGAAAUCCCACUAGCCUUGGAAGGGCUUCGCGGAGAUGGUGAUGUUCGAUUUGAAGGAAUUGAGGAACUACUGGAAGAAGUUGCGGAGUAUUGGCUUGACGACAUUGUGCGAACUGCCGUGGCUGAUUUUAUAGAAGAAAAAGUUGGAAAAAUCACUAUUUAUUUUCCCAAUUCUCAGCCAGAUGCCGCUAAGAAGGAAGCCGCCGCAGUUGAGCAGCUUGCAACAGAUCUAGGAUACCUAAAGAGCGUCCUUGCAGCAGUCAGUGAUGACCCUUUCGAGGAGCUCGAACGAGCGUUGGCGAGACUUAAAGCGGUCAGACUUCCGGUGGGAGAGCCUAUUUCGGUUCGCGGACUAAUCGAGGAAAGGGCGAACGCUAGCCCGUAG